AUGUUCCAGCCGUCCGCCAAGCGCUGCUUCACCAUCGAGUCCCUGGUGGCCAAGGACACCCCGCUGAGCCCCGAGGAACCCCUGCGGCCCUCGGCCCUCAAUUAUCCCCCCCCCGCCUCUUCCGACGCUUUCCCCGGCGGUUUCCAAGGGGCCGCCGCCGCCGGUCGGGCUCUGUACGGCGGCACCGAGCUCGUUUUCCCCGAAGCCGUGGGGCAUCCGGCUCUACCCGUCGCUCCGCAUCAGCUCGGAGCAUCGCCUCUCCCGCACCCUCACUCCUUCUUCGGACAGCAGCAUCGCGACCCGCUCAACUUCUACCCCUGGGUGCUGCGCAACCGCUUCUUCGGGCACCGCUUCCAAGGGAGCGAAGUGUCCCAGGAGAGCCUCCUCCUGCACGGCCCUUUCGCCCGCAAACCCAAACGCAUCCGCACCGCCUUCUCCCCAUCCCAGCUGCUGAGGUUGGAAAGGGCCUUCGAGAAGAACCAUUACGUGGUGGGCGCCGAACGCAAGCAGCUGGCCAGCAGCCUCAGCCUCUCUGAGACCCAGGUGAAAGUGUGGUUCCAGAACCGGCGGACGAAAUACAAACGGCAAAAGCUGGAGGAGGAAGGGCCGGAUUCGGAGCAGAAGAAGAAAGGUUCCCAUCACAUCAACCGAUGGCGCCUCGCCACCAAGCAGUCGAGCGGAGAAGACAUCGACGUCACCUCCAACGACUAA